AUGUUGAGCCUCUUGUCCACUCUCCUCCUCGCCGGCUCGGCUCUGGCCCUGCCCUCUCGCGUCGUUCCUCGAGACGCCAACACUUCCUAUCCUCCACCUCCAGCUACCACCUCUACGGGAUGCACUGCCAGCUCUACAAAGGUCUCAAAGUGGACUGUCGACGAAUUCGACUUCCACGCCUCCUACACCUUCUCCACGCCGGCCCACCAGAAUUCGUGGGGCUACGUCAACUUCACGCUGAGCAACCCGGCGCUCAACUACACGCCCGUGUGCAGCGCGGCCUCGGACCAGCUGUCCGACUUCUUCUACGGCAACUUUGUCUACAACUGCGAGGUGCCCGCCUCCGCCGGCGCCGACAAGGCCACCUUCACCUUUGCGCGGCCCAACGACAGCCUCGCCAUCAACCAGACGUGGCACUGCGCCGACGAGGGCAGCCGCUUCACUGCCCAGGGCGGCGUCCAGCUGAAUCUCACCUGCAGCGACACCACCUGGCAGAACCCCAACUGGCAGCCCGGCCAGAUCUACUCCCAGCGCACCGUCACCUGCGGCAAGGUCACCGUCCCUGCGACCAUUGAGGAGAUGAGCGCUGUUCUGUAG